UCUCCUUCAUCCCAAAAUCAACUCAUCACUCUCCAAUCAACAACAUUUUGUUUCCAAUGGCUUCUUUUGCUCUGUUCAUUUUCACUCUCGUUGCCCUUUCAAGUUCAUGUAGCUACGCAAUUGGUCCACAGAACAACAAAACAUUGUUAUCACUUGCAAGCAGGCCGAUUGGUAUAAACUACGGAAGAUUAGGUAACAAUCUCCCAUCUCCUUACCAAUCAAUCAACCUCGUCAAAUCCAUUAAAGCAGGCCACGUUAAGCUUUACAACGCCGAUCAAGAAACCCUAAUGCUCCUCUCUCAGACCAAUCUCUACGUCACAAUCAUGGUCCCUAACAACCAAAUCAUUUCCAUCGGUGCCGACCAAGCGGCCGCAGACAACUGGGUCAACACCAACGUUCUUCCUCACUACCCACAAACAAGAAUCCGAUUCGUCCUUGUCGGAAACGAAAUUCUCAGCUACAACUCCGACCAAGACAAGCAAAUAUGGGCGAACCUUGUCCCGGCCAUGCGUAAGAUCGUGAACUCUCUUAGAGCAAGAGGCAUUCACAACAUCAAAGUCGGAACACCACUCGCCAUGGAUGUUCUCCGGUCGAGUUUUCCUCCGUCCAAUGGAACAUUCCGGGAAGAAGUCGCCGCUCCGGUGAUGUUACCGUUGCUGAAGUUUCUCAACGGUACAAACUCUUUCUUCUUCCUUGAUGUUUACCCUUACUUCCCUUGGUCCACUGAUCCGGUUAACAACCAUUUGGAUUUCGCUCUGUUCGAAUCGAAUUCAACUUAUACCGACCCUCAAACCGGUUUGGUUUACACCAAUCUAUUAGACCAGAUGCUCGAUUCGGUUAUCUUCGCGAUGACCAAGCUCGGUUACCCCAACGUCCGUCUUGCAAUCUCUGAAACCGGGUGGCCUAACUCCGGUGAUAUCGACGAAACCGGAGCUAACAUUUUCAAUGCCGCAACUUAUAACCGGAAUUUGAUCAAGAAGAUGACUGCUAACCCGCCACUCGGCACACCUGCUAGACGCGGUUCACCAAUACCGACGUUUUUGUUCUCAUUAUUCAAUGAAAACCAGAAACCCGGUUCAGGAACAGAGAGGCAUUGGGGAAUUUUGAAUCCUAACGGUACACAGAUCUACGAUAUUGAUUUGAGUGGGACAAGACCGGUUUCUAGUCUUGGUUCGUUGCCUAAACCAAAUAACAAUGUUCCGUUCAAGGGCAACGUGUGGUGUGUGGCGGUAGAAGGAGCUAACGAGACGGAGUUAGGGCAGGCGCUUGACUUUGCUUGUGGAAGAAGCAAUGCCACAUGUGCAGCUUUGGCACCGGGAAGAGAGUGUUACGCACCAGUUUCGGUUACUUGGCACGCAAGCUAUGCAUUUAGCUCGUACUGGGCUCAGUUCCGGAACCAAAGCUCCCAGUGCUACUUCAACGGCUUGGCGCGUGAGACCACGACCAACCCAGGAAAUGAACAAUGCAAGUUCCCUAGCGUUACCCUGUAAGACCUCCUCAAGAGUCAAAAUUAAAGGGUAUGGAGAAGGUUCAAAAGCUGGAUCAUUCGUAUUAAAUCAAUCUUGUUCUUAGUAGUUUUUAAUUUCCUUAUUAUUCCAAGUUUGUACUUCUUGUUUCCUAUUGUUGAGGAAUAUCGAAUAAACAAUGAAAAAUAUUGAUAUUUUAAAAUUAA